GAAUGAUCCAUAAGGGACUCCCACCUCAAAAAAAAAAAAAGUCAAGUAAUAAACAAGAGUCUCAGGAACUUGCAUUAUUUCUUAUUCUAUCUUGAAUGCCUAGCACACCGUCGCAUGAGGAUGGUAUAUCUGGGUACGAAAAGGAGGCCUUUAUCGACCUGGACGAUCCUAAUGUUGAAAUCCUUGGGGAAAAUGAGAAUUUAGCUUUUGAUCACGAUGGAGAAGUCAUCUCUGAUGCCGACGUCGAGCACAAAAGUGAUUCUCAGCAUAGCGAUGAAGUGGGCCAUAGAGUUGGUUCGUUGCACCAGAAUGAUGUCGAAGCCGAAGACCUCAAUACCAUUCCGGACCGAACCCCAGAACGUGAUGAUGCUAUUGCCACAUUCGUAUGCGCUGAGAGCAAACCAGUUCACGCCGUUUCGGUGCAUCCCACGGAGCCAUUCCUAUUUGCUGUAUCAGGUGAGAGUGAAGAGGUGUACAUUCUGCGACUUGAUAACGAGCAGGGUGAGGUGAAAUUGUUGCAGACCCUUAAGGGACAUUCCGAUACCGUAAGCUUGCUGUCUUUUUCACCAAGUGGAGAGUGGCUUGCAAGCGGGAGCCUCGAUUCGACUAUUAGGCUGUGGUCAACAGAAACCUGGGUAACAGUUUACACGCUGAGCGACUUAUAUGGUGAAAUUACGACCUGCCUAUGGCAUCCCAGCAGCUUGCUUUUCCUUGCUGGUGCUGACGACGCACAGGCAGCCAUGUGGAAUGUUACGAAGGGUACGCUGUCGAUGUAUUUUGUUGGCCACCGUGGACCUAUAUCCAGCAUGGUGUGGUCGCCAAACACGAAGAAAAUUAUUACUGGAAGUGGAGACGGUUCAAUCAGCGUUUUCAAUCCUAGAACAGGUGAACAGGAGCUCAGUCUGUCAAAAGAUAUCAGUCCUGAUGGGGCCGGGAUAACAACCUUGUGUUUCGUAAACGACGAUCAGUGCAUCGUUGGCUGUGAGGAUGGUACAUUGCAUGUUUUUUCCUUCCGAAGUGGAAAAAUAGUCACCCAUAUGGAAGAUUUGCAUGACCAGGCUAUCGAGUCUGUGAGCGUCAACACUGUUUUCAACUUCUUUAUUACGUCUAGUUGUGACUGCAAAAUUAUUGUAUGGAACAUAAAUGGGUUUUCUCCGAGAAUGGUACAUGAAAUCGAGGAAAGCAUCAUCCCUGCGUUGUGGGUAGAUCAACUUUUACUAGCUGGAUGCAGCGAUGGAAGUGUUCGUGUUUGGGAUGGAAGAUCUUCUUCGCUCGAGUCCCUAUACACAUUUAAGGGUCAUCGUCGCAUGGUACUGAGUAUGGCUGUAUCAGAAAACAUUAUAGUAACAGGAAGCGAUGAUGGAAGCGUGAAGUUUUUUCACCUUACAAAGGAUCUCUUUGAGGAAUCAUAGAUGUUAGUACUCACUCCUCUGAUUUCUAUUUGUUUUGAGAGGGAGGAUACAAUAAGAGUAAUGAAAACAUCAGUAUUAACUUCCUUAGAUGCGAUAGCCCACGGAAGAAUUAAGUGAUAUAUAUACAUAUAUAUAUCUAAGCGACACUAAUUAAGGAAACACCUCAAAAUAGUUGAGCUUUUUAAAA